GAGACCUACUCCACAUGGCGACCCCGGCUGUAUCUCAUAUGGAAAAAGAGAAGGGAAGUAAUGGACAGGGAGAGGAUCUUCCGCGUACACACAAGUGUGGCGAGUGCGACAAGGAGUUUCGUCGAUUGAAUGACUGGAAGAGACACAUGCGUACUCACACGGGCGAGAGACCGUUUGGUUGCGAGGAUUGCGACAAGCAGUUUAGUGAUCUGCAUGGGUAAUCUGAAGAAGCAUAUGCGGACUCAUGAUCACACUAGUGAAAAGCCCUAUAGGUGUGAUGAAUGCAGCAAACAGUUUUUCGAGCUGGCUUCCCUGGAGAAGCAUAUGCGGACUCACACAGGAGAGAAACCAUACAGAUGUGAGGAGUGCGGCAGACAGUUCAGUCAGCUGUGUAAUCUGAAGAAGCAUAUAAAGACUCAUACUGGUGAAAAGCCUUACAUUUGUGAGGAGUGCGGCAGGCAGUUCAGUGUACUGGAGACUCUGAAGAGUCACAUGCGGACUCAUACCGGGGAGAAGCCAUAUAGGUGCGAUGAAUGCAGCAAACAGUUCAGUCAGCAUAGUACCCUGAAGAGGCAUAUGAGGUGCCACACUGGUGAAAAGCCUUACAGAUGUGAGGAAUGCAGCAAGCAGUUCUGUGAGCUGGGUCAUCUGAAGAGGCAUAUACGGACUCACACAGGGGAGAAACCUUACAGAUGUGAGGGGUGCGGCAGACCGUUCAGUAGAUUGGGUAAUCUGAAGAGGCAUAUGAGGACUCACACCGGUGAGAACCCCUACCGGUGUUAAGAAUACAGUAGGAGCUUCUGUCAGUCAAACCGUCUCCGUAGCCACAUGCGAAUCCACAGCGAUGGACGUUCACAGGCACCGAAGAUUAUGGUCAAGUUCGGUAUAAGGGAAAUCGAAAGAGACAAGUAGGACUCAGAUAAGCCACGAACCAAAGUUUGCUCAUGUAUAUGCCUUAGUCAACUGACGCAAGUUCAAUGCUUCGUUAUAGAAUGCCUGUUUAAAGAGACAUUUACGUAUACUAUUUAUCUAAAUGCAUUCAUAUUAUUCAUAACCGACGCAGGACUAGAACUUUAAUGUGCUUUUUGUGUUAAAAUCUAGUUAAGUGGUGGCUUCGGUGUUGGAAAUGUUUUUGCCGAAAUCAACUAUUGAAAAACCAUUAACAAUUUUGUGUAUUUUAUUUUUUACGUUGUAACUUGUAUUGAAUGCUAGCAUGCUAGAUCAUUGUAGUUACUUGGGAAGAAUGAUGCAGGCGUCUCUCUAGAUCUUAGAUAUUUGAGUGUGCAUAAAGUAGCUGGUUUGGACCGGAACUGUUUAUUGUUUAUUUAGAGUAUGCAAAAUGUACACGUCUUUUUAAGAUAUUGUCGUCGAAAUUUCAAGUUGGUUAGUACUGUUAUGUAAGUUUACACUGACCCCCUCUAUAUGUAUGUAGUUUGCACGUGUACAUUUCUAGAGGCUGUAAAUACCGUCAAUCAGCAUGUAAAAACGACACGAUUUAGUCGACCUUCUAACAACUGGAAUUCCUCGAGGGAUUUUUUUGCGUUAACUUUAUAAAAUUUAAUAUGCCGUACAUUUGAAUUGAACUAAUCUCUAUGUUAGAAUUGAACUGUUGCAGAAAAUGUUACAUGAUAUUGAUAUUAA